ACUCCAAGAAAGAUUGAAGCUAGGAACUUGGGCAUACCAGGCAGCCCACAACCCCUCCGAUCUUUUCACAAACGAUACAAUGGCGAACUCGACAGGACCUUCUGUGGCUUAUUACGGCCAAGAUGCUACCUUCGGUUACCCCGCAGGCGUCACCCUCGUGGACUUUGUCCCUGAGGAGAUCAAACAUAUGGUUCACCAGCACUGGUAUAGCUUUGCGCCCGUGAACCCAAUGUGGCAUUACCUCCUAGGAGUUAUCUACAUCUUCCUUGGUUUCUUCUCCAUCGUUGGCAACGGACUUGUCAUCUACCUCUAUUUGAAGUGCAAGGAACUGAGGUCACCUACCAAUAUGCUGAUCGUCAACCUCUCCAUCUCUGACCUGAUCAUGUUGACUUCCAACUUCCCACCAUUUGCAUACAACUGCUUCAUGGGAGGAAAAUGGAUGUUCAGCCCCUUCUUCUGCGAACUUUAUGCUGCUCUCGGUGCUGUCACUGGAGUCUGCAGCAUCUGGACACUCGUGAUGAUCUCCUACGACAGAUACAACAUCAUCUGCAACUCCUUCAAUGGACCCAAGCUCACUCAGGGCAAGGCUAUGGCUAUGUGCCUCUACUGCUGGGCAAUGGCUAUUGGCUGGUGCCUCCCACCCUUCUUUGGAUGGGGCAAGUACAUCCCUGAAGGCAUCUUGGACUCCUGCAGCUACGAUUACAUCUCUCAGGAUUUCAACACCAAGAGCUACAACAUGUGCAUCAUCUUCUUCGACUUCGUUUUCCCAGCCACCAUCAUCAUCUUCUCAUACGUUUUCAUUGUGAAAGCCAUCUUCGCACACGAGAAGUCCAUGAGGGCACAGGCUAAGAAGAUGAACGUCGCUAACCUCAGGUCCAACGAGGCCGACUCCCAGCGGGCUGAGAUCCGCAUUGCCAAGACUGCCAUAUGCAAUGUCACCCUUUGGCUGUGCUGCUGGGUCCCAUAUGCUUCUAUCACCAUCCAGGGCGUGUCUGGCCACUACGAGAACAUCACUCCCCUGGUGACCUUGUUGCCAGCCCUCUUGGCAAAGUCCGCAUCUUGCUACAACCCCUUCGUGUACGCCAUCAGCCAUCCCAAGUUCCGCAUGGCCAUCACAAAGCACAUGCCUUGGUUCUGCGUCCACGAAGUAGAACGCAAGACAGAUGACAACCAGUCCAACUCCACCGUCGCCAACGAGAAGGCAUAAUGAGGCUGCAAGUGAAAAUGUAAAAA